AUAGGGUGAGGGAUAGACCUUUGCAUGCAUGUCAUAUUAACUACAUUUGAGAUGUGCUACUGUUGCGUGUGAAGUUGCCACUACUUUGGAAUUUAAUGGCUUGCCUCCUUCUAUAAAGGCCUUAGCUAAGCUAGUAGUUAUUAUUUGUAGAACCUAUAUCAGACAAAGAAGACCCUCCUCACUCCUUUAGGUACAAAUAUAUGAACAUUGGAAGAUGAAGAAGAAACAAGUCUUCUUCUUGGGGGUGUCUGUUUGGUUUCUUCAACUCAUCUCAUCCCUAGCUAGCUGUGGAUUGGAUCACACCCAAUUCCCUCCAUCGUUUCUUUUUGGAACUGCGACAUCCUCAUAUCAGAUCGAGGGUGCCUACUUGGCAGGUAACAAAAGUCUCAGCAAUUGGGAUGUAUUCACUCACUUGCCAGGAAAAAUCAAGGACGGAGGCACUGGAGAUGUAGCAGAUGAUCACUACCAUCGGUACACGGAAGAUGUGGAGUUGAUGCAUUACUUAGGAGUAAAUUCUUAUAGAUUCUCCAUUUCAUGGUCCAGAAUCCUCCCAAGAGGUAGAUUUGGAGAAGUUAAUACCAUCGGAAUAGAAUUCUACAACAAGCUGAUAGACGCAAUCUUGCUCAAGGGAAUACAACCAUUUGUUACAUUGAACCAUUAUGAUAUUCCUCAAGAACUUGAAGACAGAUAUGGUUCAUGGUUGAGUCCACAAAUACAGCAAGAUUAUGGAUAUUUCGCAGAAGUGUGUUUCAAAGCUUUUGGUGAUAGAGUGAAGUACUGGACCACAUUCAAUGAGCCAAAUGUUGUGGCAAAAUAUGGUUACCUUAGUGGAACUUACCCACCUAACCACUGCUCUAGUCCAGAGGGAGGUUGCAAAUCUGGGGACUCAGCUAUUGAGCCAUAUCUUGCUGCACACAAUAUAAUAUUAUCUCAUGCCACUGCAGCUAGCAUCUAUAGGAAAAGUUAUCAGGUUAAUCAAAGUGGUAUGAUUGGAAUGGUAAUGAGUUCAGCAUGGUAUGUUCCAUUCAGAAAUACCCCAACAGAUCGUUCAGCUGUUCAACGGGCUCUGGCUUUCGACAAUGCAUGGUUCUUGGAUCCUAUAAUCUAUGGUGAUUACCCGCCAGAAAUGCGUCAAAUAGUAGGUUCAAGAUUGCCAAUCUUUUCAUCAGAUGAUAAAGAAAAAUUAAAAAGCAAGUUGGAUUUUAUCGGAAUUAACCAUUAUACAACUCUCUACGCACAAGAUUGCUUGUUCUCUCAAUGCAACUUUAGUACUUCUCGAGGGGAUUCCUUUGUGCAAACCACAGGGGAAAGAGAUGGCCUUCCUAUUGGAGAUCCGACAGCAAUGCCAGACUUUUAUAUGGUUCCUUAUGGCAUGGAAAAGAUCAUUAUGUAUUUCAAAGAAAGAUAUAACAAUACUCCAAUGUUCAUCACAGAAAAUGGAUAUUCACAGGCAAGCAAUAAAGAUGUUCCUAUGCAAGAUUUGCUCAAUGACACAGCUAGGAUAGAGUAUCUGACUUGCUACCUAGAUUCUCUUGCUAUGGCCGUGAGGCAUGGUGCUGAUGUGAGAGGCUAUUUCAUAUGGUCUCUUCUGGACAACUUUGAAUGGCUAUAUGGGUAUACUUUGAGAUUUGGGAUUUACUAUGUGGAUUAUAAUACAUUAGAGAGAACGCCAAAACAAUCUGCAGUUUGGUACCACAAGUUUCUUAAUGGAGUGAAGAUAUUAAAACAAAAACCAAGUCAAGGAAGAGUCGGAAGAACACUGCAUCUACCUUCGUAGCCACAUGUGCUAUUCAACUAUUUUAUUUGUGUUUUUAUAUAUUGUUGUACUAUAUAUGGGUCUGUUAGAAUGUAACUGAACCGGCUAAGAUGUUGUAACUUAAUUUACAAUGCCUUCAUUAAUUUGUCCUUUUGCGAUUACUUUUGAAGUUAUAAUAGUCACUUUGAUUUUAAGUUUUGAA